AUGGUCACCACGAAACGUUUCUCGGUGCCAGGAGGCGCUGUAGCCCGUGUCCGUAUCAUUGACUCGACCACGAAAAUCAAUGGUCUUCCAACGGACUAUCUAAUGACACCGCCCAUGCCGGGGAUGGAUAUCAUGCCGGAGAUACCAACGUGGUCAUUUCUCGUCGAAAGCGAAACCGGAAAGAAGGCACUCUUCGACCUGGGUGUUCCGCCCAACUGGCGUGAUUUCUCGCCUGUAGUUGUGGACGGUCUGGUGAAACGUGGAUGGGAAAUCUCUGGGGACAAGCACGUCGCAGAUAUUCUGCGGGAAGAUGGUAUGGACCCGUCGGGUAUUAACAGUAUUGUUUGGAGUCACUGGCAUUGGGACCACCUAGGUGACCCUUCCACGUUUCCUUCAUCGACGGAGUUGGUGGUGGGUCCAGGGUUCAAGGAGGCUUUCCUCCCAGGCUAUCCUGCGAAGCAAGAUUCUCCGGUCCGCGAAAGCGACUUCAAAGGCCGAAAUGUGCGGGAAAUCAGCUUCGAAGAAGACGGCGUCCUGAGGAUCGGGCAAUUCAGGGCCUUCGACCUAUUCGAAGACGGGUCUUUCUACCUCCUUGACACACCCGGGCACGCCAUCGGACAUCUGGCAGGUUUGGCAAGGACGACUCCUGAUAGCUUCAUCAUGAUGGGUGGUGACCUGUGUCAUCACGCCGGUGAAUUGCGUCCAUCCGAGCUUCUGCCUCUUCCAGCAGAGAUCCGUCUAGCCGCCCUGAGCCAUCAUCGUGGCGGCGUGUGUCCCGGUGCGGAGUUUGAAGAAAUCCAGAAGACUCGGUCGAGAGCGCCAAACCAAACUUUCUUUGAUCCCAACAUGGGGCUGGACAUUCCCGAAACCAUUCGUACAAUCAAGAAGGUUCAGGAAGCCGACGCUGAGGACAAUGUCUUGUUCAUUUAUGCGCAUGAUGGCACAAUCAAGGGCAUAGUUGAUAUGUUCCCGGCAGAAGCGAACGACUGGAAGGCUAAAGAAGUGCGGCAGAAGGUUUAUUGGAGGUUCCUGGAGGAUUUCAAGGGAGCACUGAAAGGGCAGGCCUAGAGUUUCUCCGUGACUGACUCUGUAGCAUCC